UGGAGUUGUAAAGGUCGAUAGAAUUAGCCAAGGCACACAGUACAGAUUCUUCUAAAAAUGGAUUGCGGUGGAGUUUUGGUUAAAUAUGUGCUAUUCAUAUUUAAUAUAUUGUUCGUAAUAUGCGGUAUUUUGCUUAUCAUUUUUGGUUCGCUUAUGGUCUCGGAAAUUAAAGACUUUUCGAGCGUGGACCAAACAUUUACUGCAAAUAGUGUGGCUAUUAUCAUACUGGUGUUGGGCUGUCUUAUCUUUUUGGUCUCGUUUAUUGGAUGCUGCGGUGCCAUACGCGAAAAUGCUUUCGCACUUACAACGUACUCCAUCAUUAUGUUGGGCUUGUUUUUGUGCCAAAUCUCCUUGAUUAUAUAUGUGUGGAUCAAUCAUGUACAAAUACGGCAAUCUCUUGAUCAGAUGGUGCAAACCAUUUGGGAUCAGAGAAAAUCUGAUGGCCUCUUAAUGGAUACUCUCCAGAAAUCUCUGAAAUGCUGUGGGCUGUUUAAGUUCUCCGAUUAUGGCUCUGUAUACCCCGCCUCUUGCUGUGACUCCCCCACAAAUGGAUCUUGCAGUUUAACUUCAGUUAUGUUUAAGCCAGGCUGCAAGUCGGCAGUUGAUUCGCUAUGGGACACAAAUGCCAACAUUAUUAAAUAUGCUGGACUGGGUGUAACUGCAGUUGAGUUGGUCGCCUUCAUAUUUGCAUGUUGCUUGGCAAAUCAAACACGCAACAACGAAAGACGACAAAAUUUUUAAACCGCUAUAUUUCAGCCGGCGCCAAUAACGAAAAUUAUCUAUUAAAAAUAAU